AUGGUUUUUGUUUUUUUAUCUAAAUUUACAAAUUUCCAAAUACAAAAAUUGAUUUUUUUGAUUAUAUACAUUUCUUUCCAUUUAACAAUUACAACAAAUGCCGCGGACGAAACUCCAACCUCUACUGCUACUGCUUCAAGCUUAUCAACUGCCACAAACUCAUCUACCACCAGCACUUCCGAGUCUCAUCAUCAUCAACAACUAAUACAAAUUUUAAUAACUGUCGGUGUCAUAGUUUUAUUUUUUUGUUUAUUAACAAUAUAUUGUUGUAUGCGUGCCAAUCGAAGAAGAAGAAUUUUUGAAUCUUUGUCACCAAGUCCCCGAAGUUCUCGAACUUUAAUUCCUCAACCACCUCCCAGAGGUAGUUACGAUUUAACUAGAAAAUUAGAGACCUCAAGUACGGAUACUAGAACAAGAUAUUUUGAUGGAGAAAUGACUCAAGUUGAAAGACCUUCAUUUGAUUCUGCUCAGUUACAAGCUGCAGGUGAUGAACAACAUAAUCCUAGUAAUAUAGACCCUGAAAACCCUCCUAUUAGUGAGAGCGAAGUUCGAAAGGAGUAG